CCCCCGCCCCCCGCCCCCCGCCCUUUAAUUGCUCUCUAGGAAACCAGGUACAUCUGAUCUUUCAUGAUCUUAACAGUGUUUAUUUAAACCAGAAGGAAACUAAUAAUUGUAACAGGACUUCUCAGAAACCCUAGAAAUGGCAUGGCCGUUUUUCUACUGAUCUCUUCCGAAAAUUACGUAAUGGAGCAUUUUUGAAAGUUGAGUCGCAAAGUUUCUCUUAAUCCCUAACCAUGGCGGCUGAUGACCCGCUUCUCUUUUCAAUUUUAUCAAAUUCUCGAAAACAGACUCCCUGAAAGCCUAUAUUAGUCCUGAAAUCCGGAGUGGAGCCUCUCUGGAACAUCUAAAAUGUUGGCCAAGGGUCUGUUACUCUCCUUCUGUGUACUUUUAAUGGUGUUUAUUUACCUAUCUCUUGGUUCCCUUGAUCUCAGAUCUCAGUUCUUUGCGCCAACUAUCAUAGCCCCCAGUAAUUCUCCAUUGAAAAUUUACAUGUAUAAUCUACCUCGUCACUUUAACAUAGGAAUGCUAAGACGGUCUGAUCCGCACCAGGACCUGCCAUUCACUGGUCAAAUACCACCAUGGCCACAAAACUCUGGUUUAAAGAAGCAGCACAGUGUUGAGUACUGGAUGAUGGCUUCACUCCUUUAUGAAGAUGGAGAAGGGAGAGAUAUGGAGGCAAUAAGGGUUUCUGAUCCAGAAGAAGCAGAUGCUUUCUUUGUUCCAUUCUUUUCCUCACUCAGUUUCAACACACAUGGGCACAACAUGACUGACCCUGAGACUGAGGUCGAUAGGCAGUUGCAGAUUGAAUUGCUGGAAUUUUUGAGGAUAUCCAAAUUUUGGGAGCAGUCUGGAGGCCGUGACCAUGUAAUUCCCAUGCACCACCCGAACGCUUUCAGAUUUCUUCGAGAAAAGGUGAAUGCAUCUAUUCUUGUUGUUGCAGAUUUUGGGCGCUGUCCAAAGAACAUAUCCUCUCUCAGCAAAGAUGUGGUAGCCCCUUAUGUGCAUGUCGGGGAUUCGUUCAUUGAUGAUGACUCAUCUGAUCCAUUUGAAUCUAGGACAACACUUCUGUUUUUUCGAGGAAGAACAGUCAGAAAAGCUGAAGGGAUUGUACGUUCAAAGCUGGCCAAAAUUUUAAGGGGUCAGGAAGGUGUGCACUUUGAAGAAAGUGUUGCAACAGGGGAGAGCAUAAAAGCGUCCUCACUAGGGAUGCGUUCAUCGAAGUUCUGUCUUAACCCUGCUGGAGACACCCCCUCCUCUUGCCGCCUCUUCGAUGCCAUUGUUAGCCACUGUAUACCCGUCAUUGUAAGCGACCGGAUUGAGCUACCCUAUGAGGAUGAAAUCGAUUACCGUACUUUCUCUCUCUUCUUCUCAGUUGAAGAAGCCCUGAGGCCUGGCUAUAUGUUGAAAGAGCUUAGGCAGAUUAAGAGAGAGAAAUGGGUUGAAAUGUGGAGGAGAUUGAAGGAAAUUUCUCACCACUUUGAGUUUCAGUUUCCACCCAAGAGAGAUGACGCGGUGAACAUGAUAUGGAAGCAGGUUAGGCACAAGCUGCCUGCUGCUAAGCUUGCGGUGCACAGAAGUAGGAGGCUGAAAAUCCCAGAUUGGUGGGAGAAGAGAUGAUCUUGAGUUGUGAAAACAUCUUUCUAUCCAAGUCUUAGGUCAUGAUAUUUUAGGGGAGGUGACUUUGGCUUAUGGAACAUCUCUGUUGCUAAUGAGAGAGAGAGAGAGAGAGAGAGAGAGAGAGAGAGUAG